AUGGCUUUCGUCUUGACUGAAACCGCUGCUGGUUAUGCUUUAUUAAAAGCUUCAGAUAAAAAAAUUUAUAAAUCAUCAAGUUUAAUAACUGAUUUAAAUUCAAGUGAAAAAGUUUUAAAUCAAUUUAAAAUCUCUGCAUUUUCAAAAUUCAACUCAGCUGCUAAUGCUUUAGAAGAAAUUAACUCUGUUGUUGAAGGUAAAGUUUCAUCUCAAUUACAAAAAUUAUUAGAUGAUGCUAAAACUGAUAAAAAAUCAACUUUAGUUGUUUCUGAUACUAAAUUAGCUAAUUCAAUUAACAAAUUAGGCUUAAACUUCAAUGUUGUUUCAGAUGCUGUUACUUUAGAUUUAUAUAGAGCUGUUAGAGAACAUUUACCAGAUUUAUUACCAGGUUUAAAUGAUUCUGAUUUAUCCAAAAUGUCUUUAGGUUUAGCACAUUCAAUUGGUCGUCAUAAAUUAAAAUUUUCAGCUGAUAAAGUUGAUACUAUGAUUAUUCAAGCUAUUGCUCUUUUAGAUGAUUUAGAUAAAGAAUUAAAUACUUAUGCCAUGAGAUGUAAAGAAUGGUAUGGAUGGCAUUUCCCUGAAUUAGCAAAAAUCAUUACUGAUUCAGUUGCUUUUGCUAGAAUUAUUUUAACAAUGGGUGUUAGAUCAAAUGCUUCAGAAACUGAUUUAAGUGAAAUUUUACCAGAAGAAGCUGAAGAAAGAGUUAAAUCUGCUGCUGAAGUUUCAAUGGGUACUGAAAUUACUGAAAUUGAUUUAAUUAAUAUUAAAGCUUUAGCUGAACAAAUUGUUGAAUUUGCUCAAUAUAGAGAAAAAUUAUCUGCUUAUUUAUCAUCAAGAAUGAAAGCUAUUGCUCCAAAUUUAACUGCUUUAGUUGGUGAAUUAGUUGGUGCUAGAUUAAUUGCUCAUUCAGGUUCAUUAAUCUCAUUAGCAAAAGCUCCAGCUUCAACUAUUCAAAUCUUGGGUGCUGAAAAAGCUUUAUUUAGAGCUUUGAAAACUAAACAUGAUACACCAAAAUAUGGUUUAUUAUAUCAUGCUUCAUUAGUUGGUCAAGCUUCAGGUAGAAAUAAAGGUAAAAUUGCUAGAGUUUUAGCUGCUAAAGCUGCUGUUGCCUUAAGAUAUGAUGCUUUAUCUGAAGAAAGAGAUGAUUCUGGUGAAAUUGGUUAUGAUGUUAGAGCUAAAGUUGAAGGUCGUUUAUCUGCUUUAGAAGGUAGAGAUUUAAGAACUACAUCAAAAGUUGCUCGUGAUUCUAAAAAAGUUGAAAUUAGUGAAGCUCGUGCUUAUAAUGCUGAUGCUGAUGCUGUUGAAACUACUGAAUCUGCUGCUAAAGAUUCAGAUGAUGAAAGUGAUGAUGAAGAAGAAGAAUUAAAGAAGAAGGAAAAGAAAGAAAAAAAAGAAAAGAAGGAAAAGAAAGAUAAAAAACGUAAGAGAGAUGAAGAUUCAGAUGCUGAAUCAUCUCCAAAGAAGGAAAAGAAAUCUAAAAAGGAAAAAAAAGAUAAAAAAGAUAAAAAGGAAAAGAAAGAAAAAAAAUCCAAAAAAUAA